GACCACGGACCAGAAAUCAGAAACCAAAAAAAUCAAAAAUGUUUUAUUUACUUACAUACACUAUGAAUUUUUUUCUAUAAUUUUCUAUAAUUUAAUUUCCCACCGCGUGAUUUAAAACAUUUCAUUAUGAAGUCCAAAUUAACAGAUGAAGAUAAAAUCGAUAUUAUCAACAAUCUUAAUAUUAAGAUUGGGAGUGAUAUUAAUAAUUUAGCAGAUGCAAUUGAUGUUGAAGGAGAAUUAAUCCGAAAGAAGAAACAUCUUCAAAGUAGUUUAAAUGUAGCAAAUGACGAAGUUCCAACCAAACUGUCAUCAACCCUUAAAAAGGCGGAACAUAAUUCCAAACAAAUUCAAAAUCUCAAAAUUAAAAGUGAACAGUUAAAGUUGAAAGUUGAAGAUUUUCUAAAUAGAACCAAACCUUUGAGAACAGAACUUGAUAAAAGAUUUUCUGCUAUCAGCAGACUAGAAGGAGUGUUACUGUACUUGAAGUCUUUUGAAAAAAUUGAUGAAUUGAGCUCCCAGAUGAAGCAAUGUACUGAUGAUGAGCAAUUAGUUCAACUUUACGGAGAGUUAAAAGUUAUGUGCAGUCAGUAUAGUAAAGGACAUCAAGCUGCUUAUGUGAAAGAAUAUACACAUUAUUGGCAUAAUAUUUUGAAGGAUGGUCUCACCAAGCACUAUGAAGAUGUUUUAAAAUUACUUAAAUGGCCUUUUACUUCUUCUGAAAAUUCUUUACCACCAAAAGAUUUGCUGACAAAAUUUACCAAUAUGACUAGAUACCUGUUCCUAAUACAAGAACCAGAAGACUUAACAUCCAGUGCUAUUUCAGAUGAGUUCAAUCUAGGUAAUUUUAUUUUUCUUACAUAUUUUGAGGUGUACAACAUGCAUGACAAACAUGUACAUGAGCAAAACAACUGUUUUUUUUUAUAGGAUAGGGUGACAAACGAGCACACAGUCCACCUGAUGGUAAGUGGUUGCUGUGGCCCAUAGACAUCUACGUUUAUCCUCGUUUGCGAAUCAAAAUGCAGAUGCGUUGUCACCCAAGAGGACUAAGAUGGAAUGCCUCUUUUCCAGUAAAAAGGGUCUCCAGUUCCAUACACUCAUCAUACGAAACAUAGCAGUGUUAAGCUGUUAUUUGAAGCUGGUAUUCUGUGAGAGCAUGGUCCUUCCCCGAGCCGAUCCAUUCGUGCUACAACUAUACUACUUAUAUAGCUGCAGCAUGGCUCUACCACGUUAAUAUGUAUAUUAUAUAAUAAUGUUCUGUUAUCAGGUUGAAAUAUUUUUUUAAACAAAAACUAUGAAAAGGGUUAUUAUAAUAUAAAUGAAUACAGAGGUAGAGAGUAGAGGUAGAGGUAGGUGGUAGAGCCACGCAGCAGUUUUUGCUGUUGCAUGUAUGGGCCGGCUCGAGCCGGGUUGGUACCACGACCUCACAGAAUACCGGCGUGAAGUAGAAGCUUUGCUUCUGCGUUUCGUCUGGUGAGUGCAGGUGGCCGGAGGCCCAAUUCCCCCCCCCCCCCCCCCCCCAUCAACAUGGUAGCAGAAUUACACGAAGAACUACCCCAGGAGGGUACCAGCACCCCUGGAGAAUCCCUCGCUAAGCAUCCACGACCAUGUUUUUCCGAUCCUGAGCGUGGGUGCUCAGGCUGCCCCGCGUAUUCUGGGGGGGGGGGGGCAAAAUUCCGCUCAAAAGCAUUACUGCUAGGGGCAAACUGAGCAAGAACACCAAGGCGACCCCUGCCACGCUAUCCGUGAAUUUCUGCAACAUCAGGGGACUUCACUCUAACCUAAACGCCGUCCACUACCAUCUCGAGACGGCGAAGCCGGCCUUGCUCUUUCUGACCGAGACGCAGGUUUCCUCUCCGGCUGAUAUUUCGUAUCUCUCCUGCCCGGGGUACAAAUUGGAGCAUUCCUUUGUGCCUCGGGCUGGAGUUUGCGUGUAUGUCAGAGAGGACAUCUGUUCUCGACGCCUCGGCAGUCUUGAAGGUUCGGACCUGUCCAUUCUUUGGCUACGCGUAGACAGCGACGACCAUCCGCGCGUCUACGGGUGCCUCUAUAGGUCCCAUAGCGGUAAUGCCGAAACAGACCGACUCAUCGACCACGUCCAAAUGGCUACAGAUUUCUUGCUACAACAGAUCCCAUCCGCAGAGAUCGUGAUCCUUGGCGAUUUUAACGCCCACCAUGCCGAAUGGCUCGGUUCACGUCUAACCGAUCAUGCGGGGAGAUCUGUUUAUGACUUUGCCUUGGCAUAUGGUCUGACACAACUGGUUACUUCGCCUACGCGGAUUCCAGAUGUGGAGGAUCAUACACCUUCCCUGUUGGACCUUCUGCUGACCUCUCAUCCGGACGGAUAUCAGGUUUCCGUCGAUGCCCCUCUCGGCUCUUCGGACCAUUGUCUGAUCCGGAGUGUGGUGCCACUCACGCUCCCUUCGCGGUUGCGUUCUGCAGGUUGCCGCCGUGUUUGGCAUUACAGGUCGGCGGAUUGGGACGGAAUGCGGUCCUUCUUUGCAUCCUACCCAUGGGGGCGGGUUUGCUUCUCGCCGGAUGAUCACAGCGCUGUUGCUGACUCUGUCACUGAUGUGGUGCUACAGGGAAUGGAACUAUUUAUUCCAUCAUCUGUGGUACCCAUCGGAGGCAGAUCUCAGCCUUGGUUUGGUCGCUCCUGUAAGACUGCAUUACGCAGUAAGCAGGAGUGUUAUCAAGCCUGGGCUGCGGCUUCGGCGACUCGGGAUGUAAAUACCAGCACACUUAAAAAGAAGUAUAACUUCGCCUCCAGGUCCUUCAAAAGAGUUAUUGCCAAGGCAAAGUCAGAGCACAUAGGCAGAAUUGGCGAGAAACUAGUACGCCUUCCUUCGGGAACCCGUGCAUUCUGGUCUCUCGCCAAGGCUGUCCAAGGGAAUUUCUGUAAGCCAUCACUACCAUCUCUGCACAGGGAGGAUGACUCACUGGCCCAUGACGCAAAAGACAAAGCCGACCUUUUAGGCUCCCUUUUUGCGUCCAACUCGACUCUUGAUGACGGGGGGAAAACACCGCCGACCAUCCCGCGGUGUGAGUGCUCCAUGCCGGAUGUGCUGUUCUCACAGCGCUCGAUUCGCAAAGCACUGCUCUCCCUGGACAUCCAGAAGUCGAGUGGGCCUGACGGAAUCCCCUCAAUUGUGCUGAGGACGUGUGCUCCGGAGUUGGCACCGGUCCUAACGCGUCUUUUCCGGUACUCCUACUCCCAAGGCGUAGUCCCGAAUUCAUGGAAGACAGCUUUUGUCCACCCGAUCCCUAAAAAAGGCGACCGCUCAGACCCAUCCAACUAUAGGCCUAUCGCGAUCACCUCCUUGUUCUCCAAAAUAAUGGAAUCCAUUAUUAACUGCCAGCUCAUCCGGUACCUUGAGGAUCACCAGCUGAUUAGUGUCCGCCAAUACGGUUUUCGUCGGGGUCGAUCAGCUGGUGAUCUUCUGGUCUACCUGACCCAUAGAUGGGCGGAGGCAGUAGAGUCCAAGGGGAAGGCGUUGGCCGUUAGUCUGGACAUUGCGAAGGCCUUCGAUCGGGUUUGAAACAAAGCGCUUCUUUCGAAGCUCCCUUCCUAUGGGCUUCCCGAGAAAUUGUGCAAUUGGAUCAACAGCUUUCUUGCAGAUCGGAGCAUCAAGGUCGUUGUAGACGGUGCAUGCUCCGACUACAAGCCUAUUAACGCUGGUGUUCCACAAGGCUGUGUGCUAUCACCAACGCUGUUUCUUCUGCAUAUCAAUGAUAUGUUGCUAACUGGUAACAUUCAUUGCUAUGCGGAUGACAGCACUGGUGAUGCUCUAUACACCGGCCGUGCCAAUAUUUCUCGGGAAAACGUCGCUGAGUACCGGAACAAACUUGUGUCUGAAGUCGAGUCUUUGCUGAACAAAGUCUCGGAUUGGGGGCGACUAAAUCUAGUCUAAUUUAAUCCUCAGAAGACACAAGUUUGCGCGUUUACCGCUAAAAAGAACCCCUUUGUCGUAUCUCCUCAGUUUCAAGGCACUCCCCUUCUUGCCUCAGCCAGUAUCGGUAUCCUCGGAGUCGACAUAUCGAGUAACGUGCAGUUUCGUGGUCACUUGGAAGGGAAGGCCAAAUUGGCCUCUAAAAAGCUUGGCGUGCUCAGCAGAGCGGGACAGUAUUUCAUGCCGGCACACCGCCUGCUACUUUACAAGGCGCAAGUUCGGCCUCACAUGGAAUACUGUUCCCAUCUCUGGGCAGGGGCCCCCCAGUGCCAGCUCCUUCCACUUGACCGCAUCCAACGCAGAGCGGCUCGAAUUGUCGACGACCGAGCCCUUUCCGAUCGGCUCGAUUCAUUGGCACUGCGAAGAGAUGUUGCAUCCCUUUGCAUUUUCUUUCGCAUCUACCAUGGGGAGUGCUCUGAGGAAUUGUUCGGAUUAAUCCCAGCCGCCAAAUUUCACGAACGCACAUCGCGGCAGAACUCCCGAUACCAUCCACACCAUCUGGAUGAUUGGCAGUCCACCACUGUGCGAUUUAGAAGAUGUUUUCUUCCUCGCACGACCUCCUUGUGGAAUCGAUUACCAUCAGCGAUUUUUCCGGACCGAUACGACUUAGGGACCUUCAAGAAAAGAGCGUACUCCUUUUUAAAAGGCCGGCAACGCAUCUGCGAUUCCCCUGGUGUUGCAGUUGUUCAUGGGCGGCGGUAGUCACUUACCAUCAGGUGAGCCGCAUGCUCGUUUGCCCCCUCUCCUA